CACAUCAUCUGAUCUAAGCUCAAGUAUUUCUACCUGUCGCAUCACUACGAUCUCCCUGUGCAGUAACUCCCAAUACUUGAAUGAGGGCCGGGUUGAUGGCUGGAGGUCAACCGGCGCUACUGUCUGGUGAAUGCAAGCCAUGUCAACCUGCGUCGAAUAUUGGAGCUAUGGCACUGGUCCGCGAUGCGCUGGUUGACCAUGGCACAACCUUGCUCGUCUUCGAAUAUGUUUAUAUGAGCAAGCUUCCGGCGGUCGAGCCGGUGAUGGGCUAUUGACCAGCGCCGAUUAUCCUACGAGGAGAGCUAAACCUCCCUAAACGGUCCCAAUAAUCCAACAGCAGGUGCCAUGUCUGCCAGCUCGGGGCUGCGUGGUACGUGCAGUGUUUGCUCACACAUGUACAAUGAGCAUAACCGAUACCGAUGUACCGGGAGGGACAAAAAGAAAGUUGACAAAAAAAAACACCAGUGGGUGCAAUGUACCGCAAGAUGGUAUGUAUGCCAACAGGGUAACCAUGCGUUCAUGGGGGACCGAAAGAAUGCCUACUUGGUCUGCCAUGAUUGUAAGUCCCAUCCUGGUGGGGGACCUGAUGGAACGGGGCCCGAGGGCUCAUAUGCGACGGCCGACGAUGCUCAGACCUACGAUGUCGGCGAAGAAGAACAGUGGCAGUGGGACUCCACAUACCAACGCUACUACUAUGUGGAUGCCUAUGGAAACACUGUCUGGGCCGACGAUCAGGGGCAGUCGUCAUCAUCAAACUGGCAGCAGUAGUAUCAGAGCGAGAGUUAGAUUCAGAUGCUGAAAGAU